GGGUUCAGAAUCCUCAGGCAGCAGAAGGGACUUGCCUCUUAGUCCCCAUUUUCUGUACCCAUCCCUACCCUGGUAGGCCACUGAGUGAAGCCCAUGGACUGGGGAGGGCUGUGCCUGCCGCCUUCUGUGUCUGCCCAUGAGGGCCUAGAGCCCUGACACUUCUGCCUAGGUUUCUGCCUUUUUUCUGUCUUUGGCCGGCUGGGGGAGGGGGCAGAGGCCUGGUGAACAGCAUGGCUCAGAGCAAGAGGCACGUGUACAGCCGGACACCCAGCGCCAGCAGAAUGAGUUCAGAGGCAAGCGCUCGGCCUCUUCGAGUGGGUUCCCGUGUGGAGGUGAUAGGAAAGGGCCACCGAGGAACGGUGGCCUAUGUUGGAGCCACACUUUUUGCCACUGGCAAGUGGGUAGGCGUGAUUCUGGAUGAAGCAAAGGGCAAGAAUGAUGGAACUGUCCAAGGCAAAAAGUACUUCACUUGUGACGAAGGCCAUGGCAUCUUUGUGCGCCAAUCCCAGAUCCAGGUAUUUGAAGAUGGAGCAGAUACUACUUCCCCAGAGACACCUGAUUCUUCUGCCUCAAAGGUCCUCAAAAGAGAAGGGACUGACUCAACUCCAAAGACCAGCAAACUGCGGGGACUGAAGCCCAAGAAGGCUCCGACAGCCCGAAAGGUACUCUUGCUUGCUCUGGAUCUCCUGCUGGGUUGCCAGGCAAUGGUGGCAGUAGGCUGCUGGGGUGGGGGUGGGGGCUGGCUGACUUCAUCUGUCUACCUGGCUGGGGAGGAUAGUAGGGGUGAAGGUGAGGGGCAGGGAGAGGUGUAUGUUACUCCAUGUCCCGUGUCCUUAGCAUUUACUUUCUACAUGUGCUUGUAUGUGUCUGAGCAAGUAAAAGUUGGCCACCGUGUAUCCUGGGUUCUCUUUUCAAGGGAGGUGAGAGUGGCCAAAGCACCCAUCAUCCCCACGCCAGCCCUCACCUCUCCUGGAGCAGCCCCGCCACUCCUUUCCCCCUCCAAGGAAGAGGAGGGACUGAGGGCCCAGGUACGGGACCUGGAGGAGAAACUGGAGACCCUGCGGCUGAAACGGGCAGAAGACAAAGCAAAAUUAAAGGAGCUGGAGAAACACAAAAUCCAGCUGGAACAAGUGCAAGAAUGGAAAAGCAAAAUGCAGGAACAGCAGGCAGACCUGCAGAAGCGUCUCAAAGAGGCUCGGAAGGAAGCCAAAGAGGCACUGGAGGCAAAAGAGCGCUACAUGGAGGAGAUGGCUGACACUGCUGACGCUAUUGAGAUGGCCACGCUGGACAAGGAGAUGGCUGAAGAGCGGGCCGAGUCCCUGCAGCAGGAGGUGGAGGCGCUGAAGGAACGGGUAGAUGAGCUCACCACUGACUUGGCAAUCCUCAAGGCUGAGAUUGAAGAGAAAGGCUCAGAUGGGGCUGCGUCCAGUUAUCAGCUCAAGCAGCUUGAAGAGCAGAAUGCCCGCCUAAAGGAUGCUCUUGUGAGGAUGCGGGAUCUUUCUUCUUCAGAGAAGCAGGAACAUGUCAAACUCCAGAAGCUCAUGGAAAAGAAGAAUCAAGAGCUGGAAGUUGUGAGGCAGCAGCGGGAGCGUCUGCAGGAGGAGCUGAGCCAGGCUGAGAGCACCAUUGACGAGCUCAAGGAGCAGGUUGAUGCUGCUCUGGGUGCUGAGGAGAUGGUGGAGAUGCUAACAGACCGGAACCUGAAUCUAGAAGAGAAAGUGCGGGAGUUGAGAGAGACUGUGGGGGACUUGGAAGCGAUGAAUGAGAUGAAUGAUGAGCUGCAGGAGAAUGCUCGUGAGACAGAACUGGAGCUGCGGGAGCAGUUAGACAUGGCCGGUGCCCGGGUACGGGAGGCCCAGAAGCGGGUGGAAGCUGCCCAGGAGACUGUUGCAGACUAUCAGCAAACCAUCAAGAAGUACCGGCAGCUGACGGCCCACCUCCAGGAUGUGAAUCGGGAACUGACAAAUCAGCAGGAAGCAUCGGUAGAGAGGCAACAGCAGCCGCCUCCGGAGACCUUUGAUUUUAAAAUUAAGUUUGCUGAGACUAAGGCCCAUGCCAAGGCAAUUGAGAUGGAGCUGAGGCAGAUGGAAGUGGCCCAGGCCAACCGGCAUAUGUCCCUGCUGACAGCCUUCAUGCCUGACAGCUUCCUUCGACCAGGUGGGGACCAUGACUGUGUCCUGGUACUGCUACUCAUGCCUCGUCUCAUUUGCAAGGCAGAGCUGAUCCGGAAGCAGGCCCAAGAGAAGUUUGAACUAAGUGAGAACUGUUCAGAUCGGCCUGGUCUUCGAGGUGCUGCAGGAGAGCAGCUCAGCUUUGCUGCUGGGCUGGCGUACUCGCUGAGUCUGCUGCAGGCCACACUCCACCGUUAUGAGCAUGCCCUCUCCCAGUGCAAUGUGGAUGUGUAUAAGAAGGUGGGCAGCCUUUACCCCGAGAUGAGUGCCCAUGAACGUUCCUUGGAUUUUCUCAUCGAGCUGCUGCACAAGGAUCAGCUGGAUGAGACUGUCAAUGUAGAGCCUCUCACCAAGGCCAUCAAGUACUACCAGCAUCUGUAUAGCAUACACCUUGCUGAGCAGCCCGAGGACAGUACCAUGCAGCUGGCUGAUCACAUUAAGUUUACCCAGAGUGCCCUGGACUGCAUGAGCGUAGAGGUGGGGCGGCUACGUGCCUUCUUGCAGGGUGGACAGGAGGCUUCAGAUAUUGCCCUCCUGCUCCGGGAUCUGGAAACAUCAUGCAGUGACAUCCGCCAGUUUUGCAAGAAGAUCCGAAGGCGAAUGCCAGGCACAGAUGCUCCUGGGAUUCCCGCUGCACUGGCCUUUGGACCACAGGUAUCCGACACACUCCUCGACUGCAGGAAACACUUGACGUGGGUUGUGGCUGUGCUACAGGAGGUGGCGGCUGCUGCUGCCCAGCUCAUUGCCCCACUGGCAGAGAAUGAGGGUCUGCCUGUGGCUGCCCUGGAAGAACUGGCUUUCAAAGCCAGCGAACAGAUCUAUGGGGUCCCCUCCAGCAGUCCAUAUGAGUGUCUUCGCCAGUCAUGCAACAUCCUCAUCAGUACCAUGAACAAGCUGGCCACAGCCAUGCAGGAGGGCGAGUACGAUGCAGAGCGGCCCCCCAGCAAGCCUCCUCCUGUUGAGCUGCGGGCUGCAGCCCUUCGUGCAGAGAUCACGGAUGCUGAAGGCUUAGGGUUGAAGCUCGAAGAUCGGGAGACAGUUAUCAAGGAGUUGAAGAAGUCACUCAAGAUAAAGGGGGAGGAGCUGAGUGAGGCCAAUGUGCGGCUAAGUCUCCUAGAGAAGAAGCUGGACAGUGCUGCGAAGGAUGCAGAUGAACGCAUUGAGAAAGUCCAGACUCGGCUGGACGAGACCCAGGCGCUGCUUCGGAAGAAGGAGAAAGAGUUUGAGGAGACAAUGGAUGCUCUCCAGGCUGACAUCGACCAGCUGGAGGCGGAGAAGGCAGAGCUGAAGCAGCGGCUGAACAGCCAGUCCAAACGCACGAUUGAAAGCCUUCGGGGACCCCCUCCCUCAGGCAUUGCAACUCUGGUCUCUGGUAUUGCUGGUGAGGAACAGCAGAGAGGUGCCCCUGGACAGGCUCCGGGGGUGAUGCCAGGCCCAGGGCUGGUGAAGGACUCACCACUGCUGCUCCAGCAGAUCUCUGCCAUGCGGCUACACAUCUCCCAGCUCCAGCAUGAGAAUAGCAUCCUUAAGGGAGCCCAGAUGAAAGCAUCCUUAGCAGCCUUGCCUCCUCUGCAUGUGCCAAAACUUUCCCUCCCUCCCCGUGAGGGCCCUGACGGUGACCUAGCAGCUGGAGUACUGUAUCACAAGACCAACCAGCUGCUGGAGAUGUUGAAUCAGCUGAGCACGCACACCCAUGUAGUAGAUAUCACUCGUACCAGCCCAGCUGCCAAGAGCCCUUCAGCCCAGCUCCUGGAACAGGUGGCUCAACUCAAGUCCCUAAACGACACCAUUGAGAAGCUCAAGGAUGAAGUACUCAAGGAGACUGUAUCUCAGCGCCCUGGAGCCACAGUCCCCACUGACUUUGCCACUUUCCCUUCAUCUGCCUUCCUCAGGGCCAAGGAGGAGCAGCAAGAUGACACUGUCUACAUGGGCAAAGUGACCUUCUCAUGUGCGGCUGGUCUUGGACAGCGACAUCGGCUGGUGCUGACCCAGGAGCAGCUGCACCAACUUCAUGGUCGCCUCAUCUCCUAGUGCUCCUUUCCCUGCUGCCCCCUCUUAAUCUCAGCCCUCUUGGUAUCACUCUGCCUGAUGCACAGCCGCCUCAGCCAGCCCCAGGUAGAACCAUGUGUAUAAAACUGCCCCAUGCAGCUUCACGCCCACCUGUCAGUGUCCUGCCUGUCCCUGAUCUGGGUUCCUGUCUGCCAGAAUUUAUCUUUCAGCUGUUCCCUCCUUCCUGAGGGGCCUCAGGGCAUGUGAGGGGUAGACUGAAAUCCCUCCACCAAAGGUUGAGUGAGGUCCCUUUGAUUGAGGACUUUGCCCCUUAAUUAAAGCAACUUUGGCUUCUGUG